CUGGACAUCCAGCUUGGGAUAUCUGAAAGGCAGUUGGGGAUGCCAGGUUAGAGGUCCACAGAAACAUUGGGGCAGAAGAGGAAAACCCGAGAAUCCUCUAUAUGGAGAUGACAAUUGAAUCCCUGGUGGGGUGAAGAGAUUAAAGUGAAAGAAAAGAAGGGGAGAGGGAAGGAGCAGUCAGUGGAUAGAAAAAGGCAGGAGAGAGAGGGGGUCCCAAAGGCCCAGAGAGAAGAGAGUGUGAAGGAACAGUGGCCAAGGCUGCCGAGAUCCCGGGGGCCAUUGGACUUGUUGAUUAAGAGAUCCUUAGGAACUUUGGAGAGAGGGAUUUGGGUGGAGUAAAGUUGGAAGCCAGCAGUAAGAGAACGAGGAGGAAAGUGGAGCCCUUGGUGUAGACUUCCUAGUUUAGCUACAGAGGGCAGAAGGGCUAAGAUGAUGAUAAUGGGGAUAAAAGGAUCAUUUGAGGGGGUUUCAGGGUAGGAGAGACAUAGAUGUGUUUGUAGGCAGUACGGAAGGAGCCAGCAGAGAUCGGAAUAAAUGAAGAGUGAGGCUGACCAAGGGGCCAUCUGUUGGAGGAAAUAGGAGACUUCUGGGAGAGGUCUUACCCUUGCCAGUGGAUAGAGAACUGGGUCUGGAAUUAAGAAGACCUGAGUUCAGGUUCUGCCUCAGAUACUUUCUAGCUGUGUCAUCCUGGGCAAGUCACAAGUUCUGUUUGCCUUAAGCUGCUGGAGGAGGAAAUGGCAAACCAUCUCCAGUAUCUUUGCCAAGAAAAUCCCAUGAACCACAGGGCCACAGAGUCAGACACUUGAACAACAAUUGAACAACACAACAGAGAAAUCCUCCCUAGAAUGUAUCCCGUGAAUUCAGCCUCUGCUUGAAGAUAUCCGAGGAGUCUUGUCCACAGGGUCACAAAGGCAGAGGGUGAUGAUGGGACAAUGACAGUGCUUGCCUAAUAUGUCCAGGGCAUAAUGGACCCGAAGACAUCACAAACAAAAUAGUCCCUGCCUGGGGGAUAGAAAUGAAACACAGAUUAGUGAAAAGAGUAUAUUUGGGAGUUAAUUUCAAAGGAUGGGGCAGAUUUGCCAUAGGAGGUGCUCUGGGAAGUGGCUCCUGAGUUGAGGGCUUGAAGGAGGUGAAGCAUGUUAAGAGGCAGAGAUGAGGAAGGGAUAAUAAAUUUGCGGUAUUGGGAACCACUGGUACAAAGACAGGGAGGUGGGAGAUGGAAUCCCAAGUCUUGAACAUAAGAUAUGUAAUGGGAAAUAAUGUGAAACAUUUAGAAAAAUCAACUAGAGUCUAAUUGUGAAGGGUGUGAUGAAUUUGGAGUCCAGAAGACUUGACUUUAAAUAUAAUCCUUGAUCCUAGCUGUGAGACCUUGAGUAAAUCAAGUCAUCUCUAUGUGCCUCAGUUCCAUCAAGUGUAAAAUGGAGUCAAUGGAGUUUUAUAUACACUGAACAGGUGUCAGAUGUAUUCUAGGGGCAAUAGGGAGCCAAUGAACCUUUUUUAGGAAGAUUAUUUUGUUGACUAUGUGGAGGAUGGGUUAGAAGUGGGGGGGGGAGAGAGAGACAUAUGGAGAGAGGGAGAAAGAGAUGGAGGGAGAGGAGGGAGGGAGGGAGAGAAAGAGACAGACAGGGAGAGAGAGAGAUGGAAAGAAAGAAAAAGAGACAGAGAGGAGAAAGAGAGAUGGAGGGAGAGGAGGGAGGGAGAGAAACAGAGAGAGAGAAACAGAGAGAGAUAAGGACAGAGAGAUAGGAAGAGAGAGAGACAGAGAGAGAUAAGGACAGAGAGAUAGGAAGAGAGAGAGACAGAGAGAGACGGGGAGGGGGAGAGACAGACAGAAAGAGGGAGAGGGGGAGAGAGAUGGAGAGAGAGAAAGAAACAGAUGGAGAGAGGGAGAAAGAGAGAGAUGGAGGGAGAGGAAGGAGAGAGAGAGAGAGAGAGAGAGAGAGAGAGAGAGAGAGAGAGAGAGAGAGAGAGAGAGAGAGAGAGAGAGAGAGAGAUGGAGGGAGGAAAGGGAAACGGAAUGGUUGGUGGUAACCACAUGAGUGGGGAAAGGAAAAGGAUUCUGAGAUAGGAGGUAAACUUAGCUCUGAGAGUAAGGAAGAGUUGAUGGUGGGUCUGAGCUUGUGAACUUGGGUGAUGGGUGACUCAGUGGUAUUAACAACAGAAUUGAGAAUCAAGAGGAAUGUCAUAAAGGUCAAGGAGGGAAGAAAGAGUGUCUAGAAGAAGGGAUGUCAAAGGGCCAGGAGAGGAUGAUAACUUGAGGGAAGAGUGAGGGUCAAGUAAAGGGUGAUUUGGUUUUUUUGAGGAGGGGAAGGCUUGGGCAUGCUUCUAGGGAGAGAGGAAGAGGCCGCCUAAGUGAGGGAGCCAGUCUUCCAGAGGGAUUGGGAGGGUGGAGGAUGGGAUCUGGGACCCAAGGAGAGAGCAGGCUCGCCUUGGCCAGGGGAUAGGUCACUUCCUCGGCAGACUGUAGAGCAAAGGAAGAGAGAACGGGGAAGAUGCGCAGUGGUUCUGAGUGGCCGAGUAAGAGAAGAGAGAGCUCAGAAGAGUUUCUGACUUCUCAGGCAAGUCCCUGGCCACCAUGAAGCUGAAUGAGCGGAGUCUGGCUUUCUACGCUACCUGCGACUCUCCGGCCGACAACACGGGCUUCCUGUACAAGAAGGGGGAGCGCCACACGGCCUACCACAAGCGCUGGUUCGUGCUCAAGGGGAACAUGCUCUUCUACUUCGAGGACCGGGACAGCCGCGAGCCGGUGGGCGUCAUCAUCCUGGAGGGCUGCACGGUGGAGCUGUGCGAGGCCGCCGAGGAGUUCGCCUUCGCCAUCCGCUUCGCCGGCGCCCGUUCUCGCACGUACAUCCUGGCAGCCGACAGCCAGCCCGCCAUGGAGGCCUGGGUCAAGGCCCUGUCCCGGGCCAGCUUCGACUACAUGCGACUGGUGGUGCGCGAGUUGGAGCAGCAGCUGGAGCAGAUGCGCUCGGGAGGCAGGCAGAGGCCCGAAGCCCUGGUGCCCCCCCGGAGGGAACGCUCGCUGCCCUCGGCCGGCCCCAAGGAGAACGGCUGUGCCGUGUGGAGUCACGAGGCCCCCAGCCUGGCCAACGGCACCCUCCCCAGGACGGGCCACGAGGGGGCCCCUCGACCCCCGCCCAUCCCUCCCCGCCGCAAGCCCUCCUCAGGCCCCAGCCCCGCCCCUCUGCUAGUCCCCGCCCCUCUGCUGGUCCCCGAGACGCCUUUCACGCCUGGCGCCACCCCCUUCUCCAGGCUCCACGACUGGUACGGACAGGAGAUCCUGGCCCUCCGGAGGCCGAAGUUUACUCUUCCUACCCAAGAUCACGCCACGGCUCUGGGAAGUCUUGGGAGCUGCUCACCGGAGGAGAGCUCGGGCCUCCCUCCAUCCUCUCCCGGCAUCAUAAGGAAAACCGUUCUGCCCCUGCGUUCUCCCGAGGCCCCUGCUGCGGAUGGGGAGUGAGGUGGGUCCCUGCGUUCAGAUCCAGACGGGGCCCUUGACGCUGUCUGGGCCGACACCCUCAUUUCACAGAGGAGGGCACCGAGGUCCUGAGGGACUCCUCGGAGCUCACGCCUGUGGCAGGGCCGCCAGCCUUUUUAGCUGACACGUUUCUGGGGGGCCUUUGAGCUCUUUACACCUGUCAUCGUUGGCGCCUCAGGCAGGUCCGGUGAGGUGGGUGCUGCUGUUCAUUCCAUUUUACAGAGGUGGAAAUUGAGGCAGCAGGAGUGUGAGGUGGUCUCUGCAGCCAGACCUCUACCUUCUUGCUCCAGGGUGACCCUUGCCCAAGAUGUGAUGCCCAGGUUCAUGCUCAGAGUGUGCCUCCGGGUCCCCUUCCCAGAGAAUUGUGCUGGCCACCCUCAGCUCUCUGAGCUUUCUUCUAAGCUGGUGGUUGGUGUUUUUCAGAUCUAAGGCCAGGGAGAGGGCUUAGCAGUUGUCUGGGGGUGUGCCAGCAUCCUGAGCUGGGCCAUACCAGUAGGGGGUUCCUGGGAGGGGAGCCCCAUUCCCUGACUCACCAGCACAAUUCUUUCAGCUAUUCAAAGAGAUUUCAGCUUCUUCAGCCUCCUCUGGAGAAGACAUGAUGUGGAGGGGACAAACCUGGCCUCAGGAGUCAACAUUUUGAAUUCAAAUCCUGCCACAUACUGGUUAUGAGACCACAAACAAAUCACUUCGUUUCUCAGUGCCUUCUGGGAACCCUCUGACUCCAAGUUACCGACUUCGAGAGCUGGUGGGCAUUUCUCACCUCCUUGAGACCCUGGUGGUCUCCUUCCUGCUACCUUCUCUUCUGCUCUGGGCAGAGCCCUGACCUCUUACAGAGGCCUGUCCAGUGCCCCAGCUCGCCCCAGGACGAUGCUCGGCCUUCUGGUGGUCAGAGAUUCCAUCCUCAAUCCUGCUGCCCAUCAAACAUUCAUGGCGGGCUGGCCACCGAGCUAGGCCAAGAGAGACAGGCCUCUCAUGUCUGGGAGCUUGUUGUGCCUUCGCUCAUUUAUGCCUAAGACCUCUAGCUAGAAAACUGCAGGAAGAUAGUUGCUGAAUUCCACUCAAGACAUCCCGGUGAGUGGGUGGGGAGCCAGGAAGACCUCGCUCAACCUCGGUGUCCCCAGGUGACUUUCUGAGUUGUAGGAAAGACGUCCCUCACCAGUGAAAUCUCAGGUCUAGUCCAACAGUAAAAAACAACUCGAGAAUGAGGGCGUCAACAACCACUGGCCUCCUGGGUAGGACCUGGGAGCUGCCCUGUGAUUGGAAUGUGUGCUUACAAAAAACCCAACUCCAUAGGCAGCUUCUGGAGGUGGUGAGUUCCCCAUCCCUGGGGACCUUCAAGGAGAGGUUGGACAGCCGUUUGUUGGAUGCGUCCUCAGAGGAUUGGUUCUUGGUCAGGUCCAUAGGCAGAUGGCCUUGAUGCCUUCCAUUCGCCAUCUUGAUUCAAUGAGUCCAAGCCACUAUUCCCAGAGCCAUGGAGUUCAGAGAGGAGGCAGGAAGCCUUCUUGGUAACUUGUUCUCACUGGAUCACCUGGAAGAGACCUUAGAGGCCAUCAUGCCCAACUUCUUCAUUUUACAAGGGAGGAAACUAAGGCAGACAGGUGCGAUGACUUUCCCAGAGCCACAUAGUUAGAGUAUCUAAGGGUUUGAACUCAGGCCUUCCUGACUCCAAGUCCAGACCUCUAUCUGCUGUGAUACCUCAUUUUGUGCCGGAGAUGAGAACCCCAUGGACCGGGGAUUCGGCGUAAGGUUCCACGAGAUGCUGAAUGCUGCCUCUCAUGAUGUGCUGUGGUGGCACGUGUGUUGGUAGGGUGGGUCUCCUAUGAAGACAGACAGAGGGAAGGGCCACGUGGUGAAUGAAGAAUGACUCAUUUGUCCCCAUUCCAGGCUUGUCUGCAGAGGCCUUUGAGGCCAGUUUUCUGGGACCUCAGUGCAGCCUGACUUUCCUUCAUCUCACUGCUGGCCCAGUGGGUAGGGGUGGGGUUUGGAUUAUUAUUCAUUAAAAAAAAGAAUUUAGGGCUUCCCCAGGUACUUUGUGAUUUAUUGAUGUUUUCCCUCUCUGGUUCACACAUGGUAAUUGGCUUUGCAAAGGAUUAUUGGACCGGAUCUUCUUUUAAAUUUUUUAUUUAGAAUAUUUUUCCAUGGUUCCAUGGUUCACAAUCUCCUCCUCAGCCCCCGCUUUCUCCUCCCCCCUCCCAAAGCCAACAAACAGUUCCACUGGGUGAUACACGUAUCAUUGUUCAAAACUGAUUCCCAUGUUAUUUAUAUUUGCAGUAGAGCAAUUCUUUAACAUCGAAACCCCAAUCACAUUCCUUUCGCACUACGUGGUCGAUUGGACCGGAUCUUCUUAGAAACAAUUCUUGGGGAGGCAUCCAUUGGGACGAUGUAGAAUGACUGAAAGCCUCCCUCACCCCAAUCUCUCUUUCCUCUCUCCCAGAAGCUUCUGCCAGGCUAGUAGCAUUUGGGGAGCAGGGCAGCUUGAGUUAGGGAGAACUUUUUUACCUCUCAAGCUGUCCAAAGGAACUUCAGAUUUUUCAGGCAGGUCAGAUAGGAACCCCCAUUUUACAGAUAAGUCACAGACUAGGGAAUGACUUGCCCUGCUCAGCCUCAAAGUCUGAAGUCAGAAGAGUUGGGUUCAAAUCCUACCUCUGGUGCUUCAGUUACCUUCAGUAUUCCCCAAUUUCUUCAGUUGAAAAUUAGGGAGUGGGGAUAGCUUGUUCAUAAAGUCCCAACCUGCUCUAAGACUUGGGAUCCUGGGCAAGUAUUAGAUGUCCUCAUUCCCGGGGUACCCUUCAUUUCCUUUGCUAUAAAAUAAAGGGGUUUGACCCACAAACCACCAUUUCUUUCCAACCUGGUGCGUGAGGAGUGGGUGCCAAAGACAAGGUGUGUCUGGGACAAGUUCUGAGCUCCAAGACAGCUUAGGAAAGCCGAAGAGGCCUCCAAGCACAUGAAAACAUUUCCAGCCUCCUUUCUGAGCCCUCCCUGGCUCCUGGCAAAGGGUCCCCAGGCUUUUAUAAUUUAGCAGCCUUGAGUCACAGUGGAAAGAGAAGUCCUGGGUUCAAAUUGCACCUCUGGCAUCUAUUGGCUGUGUGACUCUGGUUAGCCUCUUGGUUUUCUAGACAACUCUCUAAAAUACAGUUAUGUAGGAGGUGCUACCGUGGAUUGGGAGAGGGAGUUUCCUCAUCAGGGAGUUCCCCAUGCAGGUCUAGUCCUUAUUCCUUGACUAGAAAGCUUCUGGCCAGUCCCCAUUUCUGGAGCACUAGCCUCCUUCGGGGUGGGAGCUGGUCUGGGCCUGGGGUUGUCCUUCCAGCCCUGCUCACUGAUGCCCAAGGCCUGCAGGGAAAGCACAAGAUAGGAAGUGCCUUCUGGGGACAGGUUGGACCUGACAGGAAAGGCUAGAAGGCUGGGAAUUCCCAGAGGGCUGCAAUAAAAUGGCCUUUGUGAAGAAA